AUGCUGUUGAACACUCUGCUCAUGGUGUUGAGCUCUCAGUGCGUCUGGAGCAGAAAAUCUGAACCUAUCCUCCAUGAGGCGGACGCAGGAUUGUUCAGGGGAUCAGACAAAUAUGACUUUGCCAUCGAGGUUCCCGCUGCAGGGAUGGAGUGUUUCUGGCACUUUGCCCACCAGAGUGGGAGCUUCUACCUGAUGUACAUGGUACAGUGGGUAACAGGGAUGGCCAACGAUCACCGGCUAUUUGUGACGGUCAGCUCACCUCAGGGCGAUCUCGUGGUUUCUAAGAACCAGGCCGUUGGUCAGAUGAACUUCCAGACUGAGGUGACAGGUUUUUACCGGUUGUGUCUUGGGAACCACAACAACCAGUUUGGAGGCAUUAGGGUCUUUGUGAACUUUGGCGUCAUCUACGAAGGCUUUGAGGAGUCAAAAAGAGAGAUGGAGGAAGGAGAGAAGGUCCUCAACAGCACUUUGGCCGGUAUUGAGGAGAGUGUGCAGAAGCUCCAGAAUCAGAUCUUCCACAUGUGGCGUCAUUACAACUUUGCCCGCAUGAGGAAAGGGAAGGAUCACUACCUCCUCCUGUCCAACUUCAACUACGUCACCUGGUGGUCAGCGACCCAAAGCCUGGUCAUCCUCCUGUCUGGAUACUUGCAGCUCCUCGUCCUCAAAAGACUCUUCCACACGGACUCCAGCAGACCGCGAUGCUGAAGUCUUCUAGCAACGCGGCUUUAACCCCUUAUGUGAUUUCUGCUUUCUCACAUCAGAUUGUUAUUGAUACAUGCACACUAUCUAAAGCUAGAAAUUUAAACACGCUUGGAUACAAGCUUUUG